CUUUCGACCAGUACCGAAACGUGGUUAUAUAUUGUCUCAUUUUCUACGAAGCUACGAAGCUACUUAAAUAAUUUAACUAAUUGUUGCUGAGAAAUUAAAACCUUAAUUAUGAUAAUAAUCUACUUUUUGGAGCAUAAACUUAUUCUUUUCGUCCUUUCGGCAUCGCCAAUCCAUUUUUAUAUGUUUCCCAAUAUUGUUGCUAUCACUUUCUUACAUGUCUUUUAACACAGAGGUCACCAACGCGAUCAUAUGUUUGUAACCCCAGGAUCUCUCUGUAGGACACCUUCGCUAUCCACAGGUGCAUCUGUGUAUACGCCUUUGUUUUCGUCCGUCUGCACACCGCUUGGCAACAGACAGGUGAUGGUUUGUUUACCUCCUCGUAACUUUACGUACCAGACUUUAAAACAGCUCGUACUGCUGUAGAAUUGUCCGACCCAAGUCUUCGAGAACGAUGGUCGCAGUUCAAUGCCUGAAACAAUUCCAAGGAUAAAAGAACGCCGUUGCGAAGGAAGAACAGGCAGGACUUCCACUCACAGCUUUUGCAAAACUCCACCAAAGUUACAACCGAUUAUAAGAUUACUUAUCUUUGACGCAGUAUGACGGUUGUGGACCUUCUGGGAUCCCUGACCACAAAUCCUUAUUUUGGUGCCGGAUUUGGGCUGGUAGGUGUCGGAACCGGAAUGGCAGCACUGCGGAAAUUAAGUCAGUAUGGUUUGAUCCUGCUGCGAAGAAACUACCUGAUCAGCUUGGAGGUUCCGAGCUCAGACAAGAGCUACCGCUGGCUGUUGCACUGGAUCUCCAACCGAGCGUACAAGCGCACGCAGCAUCUUAGCGUUCACACCAAGUACCAUCAGUCAGACACGGGCCGUGUCUUCACGUACUUUGACUUUGUGCCGAGCCCCGGUGACCACUUUUUCAGGCAUAAAGGCAACUGGUUCAAAGUGGAGCGAAACCGCGAGAAAACGAUGGGGGACAUCACGACGGGGGUACCCUUCGAGACCGUCUCGUUGACGGCCGUCGGGCAAAACAAGCAAUUGUUUAUUGACAUUCUCGAUGAGGCGCGAGCAAUUGCACUCAAAGAGCAGGAGGGCAGAACGGUCAUGUACACACCGAUGGGUGCCGAAUGGCGACAGCUGGGGUACCCAAAGCGCAAACGUCCCUUGCACUCUGUCAUUCUUGAUCAUGGCAUUUCAGAAGGAAUAUUUAAAGACAUCAACGAAUUCAUUUCCAGCGUCAAGUGGUAUACAGACAGAGGUAUCCCCUAUCGCAGGGGUUACUUGCUUCACGGACCCCCAGGUUGUGGGAAAAGCAGUUACAUUGUAGCCCUGGCAGGUGAGCUGGAUUAUCACAUUUGUGUGAUGAACCUCAGCGAACGCAGCCUCACGGAUGACCGAGUGUCUCACCUGCUAACCACAGCACCCGAACAGAGCAUCAUCCUCCUCGAGGACAUUGAUGCUGCUUUUGUCAGCCGGGAUCUUUCUGUUGAAAAUCCUGCUGCUUACCAAGGGUUUGGCCGUUUGACCCUCAGUGGUUUACUCAAUGCCCUGGACGGAGUCGCUUCCGCAGAAGGACGCAUCGUUUUCAUGACGACUAAUUAUUUAAACAGACUUGACUCUGCACUGAUCCGACCUGGUCGAGUGGAUAUCAAAGAGAAGAUCGACUUUGCCUCAAAGCACCAAAUAAAGACCAUGUUUCUGCGCUUCUAUCCGGAGGAACUCGAGAGCAUGGCAGAACAGUUCGCCGACCAGCUUUUAGCCGAGAGCCAGGAAAUCAGUGCUGCCCAACUCCAGGGUUACUUUCUCAUGUACAAAUCAGACUCAAAAUCUGCUCUUGACAAUGUACAGCAGCUACCGAAAUUUUAAUUUUGAAAACAUUAUUUAAAACUUCCAAGUGUUUGUGCCAAGCUCUGAUGUCAGUUUUGGCAUGGUUCCUAUAGCCGGGUGCUUUUCCUAACACCAAACCACCUUACAGUGUGUACUGGGUGCCCUUAUUGCACCACUGGUGACUUUGACCAUUAUCAUCAUCAUUAUAUUAAUGUCCAUUUUUCCAUGCUUGUAUGGGACAGUUUUUUUUUUCAAUACUUGGAUGUGUUACCUGUUACUGUCACCUGUUUCCAAGCAAGGUAACAUUUCCUUAUUUCCUCAUUAGCUAGAAAUGAUUUUUCACAGAAGAAUGGAAAGAAAUGACACUGCUUAUAUGACAGUGACACUUCUUUACAGCUAUCAAGACCAGGUGACACAAACACUAACACACACACACACAUACUAUGUAUGUGUUUGUGUGUAUGCAUAUAUAUAUAUAUAA